UAUCUUAGAGGCUUGUAGCAUACGUAGGUACCUAAAUACAUACCUAGCCACCUAUGUAAUUGGGCUGUUGUUCAGCUGUUGUUGACCCAUUGUUAAGCUGUUGUUGACCCGUUGUUCACCCGUUGUUCAGCUGUUGUUGAGCUGUUUUUUUACCUAUUUAACUAAUUGUAUAUAUAUAUUGACUAUUCAGAAUAAGUUUUAUGAAAUAUCCAGAGUCUUUGAUGGUGGUAUAUAUGGUGGUGUAUAUGGUGGUAUAUAUGGUAGGAUGUAGCGUUAUUCCCCUCCUUGUAAAGGUACAUCUGUUACCAUAUAAAUUUGUAUGGCAAGCCUUGUACCCUGUGCUUAUAUAAUCAAUAUUUUUAAUGUUUUGGCGGGUUGGCGGUUUCAAUUGAUUUGGCCCACCGUCCCAAAUCCAUACCAGUGCGGCUCGGGUGCAAGAGAACCGUACCAUACCUACCCCGAUUACGUACCACUCCUUUUUUUAUUUUAUACCUACAUAUAAAAAAUACAUAAAAAUACCUAAACCAUGGUCAAAAAACUCGCCAAGCAACCCACCCUCCCGAGCGCCGGCGCUCCGGACGGCAGCACCACCAUCCCCAUCCCCUCGAUCCUCAGCGACGGCAAGCCGCUCCCGCGCGCCGUCGUCUUCGACCUGGACUACACGCUGUGGCCGUUCUGGGUGGACACGCACGUGUACCCGCCGCUGGCGCCGAACGCCGCGCACAGCGCGUGCACGGACCGCAUCGGCGAGUCCUUCGCCUUCUACCGCGACGUGCCUGCCAUCCUGCACGGCCUCUCGCUCGCCGGCGUCAAGCUCGCCGUCGCCAGCCGCACCCACGCCCCCGAGCUCGGCCGCGAGAUGCUCAAGCUGCUGCACGUGCCGCCCGCGAGCACCCUACUAUCAGCACCAGCGCCCACAGCGGAGGGGGAGGAGGACGGCGGUAGUAAAGGUGGCAGUGCGGUGGCGGCCGCGCUGGCCAGCCGCAAGGACAAGGCCCGGAAAGCGGUCGAGUUCUUCGACGCCGGGCUCGAGAUAUACCCCAGCUCCAAGAUACGCCACUUCGAGGCGCUGGCGAAGCGCACGGGCAUCCCGUACAACGAGAUGCUGUUCUUCGACGACGAGAGCAGGAACAGGGAUACCGAGUCCCUGGGGGUCACGAUGUGGCUUGUCAGAGACGGGGUUUCGUGGGGCGAGAUCGUAAGCGGGAUACAGGAGUGGAGGAAGCGGAGGGGGGUUUGAAGAUACC